CAUUUCGUUGACCGGGUUUACAUGGCACCAAACCGGCGGUUUGUAAAAUGCGAUUUCAAUUCGAUUUUUCGGUUUUGCGAUUUUUGCUUACAGCCCUAGUUUUAACAUGUAUUAUUUUUGUCGGAUGAAAUAUCAUAUGUACAACGAUCUGAGAGCUCAUUUGGGAAAAGUUACGACGUAUUGUAACUUUUCCAACUAUGUGACAGUGAUUGAGGGGCUGGACGAGGAGUAUAUCGACAUACUCCAUCGAUCAAUUUUAUAGUCCUUCUAUCCGUUGAAGGACGUGCAGUUCUCCGGAUAGAUUAUUGAUUCCUUAUUACUCCGGCUGCUUAAACUAGACGAUGGCGAUCAGCUUUAUUUUGCUAUGGGGGAUGGGAAGGUAUCGAGAUUCUCGAUGCUUGAAUUUGCCCUCAUUACAGGCAUAAGAUGUGCUGGAGAAGAAGAAGCAAGAGCUCGUAUUAUACCAAAUAAAAGGUUAUUGGAUUUAUAUUUUGGAGGUAAAGGGCUGGUUACACCACCACAGUUAGAAGACGCAUUUAGGAGAUACGAUCACUUGUUAGACAAGCUGAAGUUAGGAUUGGUGUAUAUAUUGGAGAGUAUAUUGAGGUGCCGACAUCAUAGGACGUCGAUUGACCUUUUUUCAUUGGAUGUUGUUGAUUAUAUCGUUGCUUUAAACAGCUUUUCAUGGGGUCGGAGAUGUUACACCGAUAUUCUUUACGUAUUCAGGAGGGUACAUACUAUGUCGAAAUCGGAGAGGGGCAAGCACAAAUAUGAUGUAUAUGGCUUUUGCAUGGCUUUGCAGUUGUGGGCAUAUGAGGCUAUCCUUGCUUUGGGUAGCAAAUGGACGAUCAGAAGGGAGACCAGUUGCCCACGAAUAUUUCAUUGGCGAGCACAUGAGAAGCCAUCGGCUAAAGAUUUGACAGCUAUCCUCGACGAUCCUCAGGAGUGUCAUCCAGUAGAAUGACGAGCACUUCCACUUAGGAGAUAUCCUUCGCCUCCACCGAUGAGAUCACCUCUACCGCCAUUAUCACAUUCUCCAAGGAAAUCUCCGUCUCCCGCUCCCACUCACCUCCCACGUGGAUCGCCUGCACCCAGUCAGACCCGCCAUUCAAAUGAUUUCUUUACACGCAUGAAUGGUAUUAUUAGAGAGGAGCUGGGAACGAUGCGACGUGAUUUUACGACAGAGGUAGUAGCACUACGAGAGGAGAUAGGGGUGCUGCGACGGGAUUUUACGACAGAGGUAGUAGCACUACGAGAGGAGAUAGGGGUGCUGCGACGGGAUUUUACGACAGAGGUAGUAGCACUACGAGAGGAGAUAGGGGUGCUGCGACGGGAUUUUACGACAGAGGUAGUAGCACUACGAGAUGAGAUACGGGUACUGCGACGAGAUUUUACGACAGAGGUAAUAGCACUACAAGAUGAGAUUAGAGUGCUACGACGAGGUAUAAGAGACCUUCAUAUUGAGGUUGUAGCACUUCGAGGCGAUGUAGCAGGCCUUCGAGGUUCUGACAGUAGACAUGACAGAGGGAGUGAUGGGGAGACUGGUGUUCCUCGAGACUGGUGGGCAACGGCUGUAGGAAUCGAUGAGUUUUUUGAUUCGGUGUCGGAGGCCGGGAGGGAGGGGGUGGAGAUCGGGUCGGAGGUGCCGGAGGAGGCCGAGAUAGAGGGG